CUUGGCAACCAGUUAUUCAGUCAGUUGACUAUCUGUAGGACGGCUUUGCGCCUUGCGGUAGUCAGUUACACUGCUAGCGCUGCUAACGCACCCUGUGUUAGCGGUGGUGAACUAAAAUUAUUUAAAAUAAAAAAACGCGAGUCGACUGUGUGUGAAGUAUAAGCCUUGUGUAAAUUUCUUGCACCAUGGCUACAGAAGUAAUAAACAAUGUACCAGAAAAUACAGAGAAAGAAAAAGAACUAAAAGACGACGCUGCGGCGGAUAAUGGUCAAACAAAAGAAGAAGCACCGGCUUCGGGCGAAAAGACAGAAACGAAGGUAGCUGAAGAGAAAAAGGUUGAACCAGCACCUCCUAAGCCAACUGUGCACAAAAUUAAUUUUGAGAAAGAUGUCGUAUAUAUGUAUCAAUUCCCACGAACUCCUUUGUUGCCGUCGACUUCGCCGUACUGCUUGAAAGUUGAAACAUGGCUCCGCUUGGCUGGUAUCAAAUAUGAGAACGUUGAUCACAAGGCGAAAUUCCGCUCUAAAAAGGGACAGCUUCCUUUCGUGGAGCUGAACGGCGAAGAAAUAGCCGACAGCGCCUUCAUCAUCAAGGAGCUCUCGGAGAAAUACAACAAAGAUUUGGAUGCCGGUCUGACGCCCGAUCAGCGGGUGGUUACGCACGCGAUGAUUUCGAUGAUAGAGAACCACCUUUCGUGGGUGAUUCUUUGGUGGCGUGCCAAGUACCCGGACAGUGUUAUCAAGGGCUAUCAAGUGAAUCUACAGAACGCUCUGAACACCCGCCUUCCAAACCCGAUACUCAACUUCUGUUAUAAAUUCACCUCUGGACGCAAGGGUAUGAAGAAGGCAAAGGCUCACGGUAUCGGCGUGCACAGCCAGGACGAGAUCAUCGAGUUCGGCAAGAACGACCUCCGCGUGCUCUCUGACCUGCUCUCCGAUAAGCCAUUCUUCUUCGGAGAUGAGCCCACACUCCUGGACAUAGUGGCCUUCGCUAAUUUAGCUCAGCUGCACUUCAUAGACAAGGAAGUGCAACAUGCCCUACGCGACGCUCUCAAUGAGUCGUUCCCUAACCUCGUGGGGCUCGUGUCUCGUCUCAAGGAACGAGCCUAUUCCGAUUGGGAUGAGAUAUGCGCGAUUGAGACCAUGGCGGUUACUGCAAAGAAAGAGAAAGACACCAAGGAGGGAACCGGUCCCGCUGAGAAACAGGCAAUGGCCGAUGAUGCUGAGAAAGGAAAGGGUGAUGAGAAAGAAAAAGAACUAGAGAAGGAACCGGAGGAGAAGGAGAAGGAGAAAGAAAAGGAGAAGGAGAAGGAGAAGUAAAUGCGAUUAUAGUGGACGCUCGAACCCACUACCAUACUUACAUACAAGUUGAUACAUUUAGGAGUCAGACUCAUAAUACAAUCUGUAUAUUGUAAGCGUGUAAAUCCAUUUGUCUUUCCCGUAUUAUCAGUUGGUGACGCGAGUCCGUCUAAUUACAUUUUCGUUUGACCGCCAGGCAAAUACCAUACGCACUAUAAAAAAAAUUAAAGUUUUUAAUAAAAAAAAACUUGAAUUAUACAUCCAUCCAUAUAAAAUUAUUACAAUUCCAUUUUUGACGUUGCUUAUAAAAGAUUUGAUCAGCAGUAUUUUGAAACAAAAAUGUGCGUAAGGGAAUUUUGCCCGUUGGUCUUUUUUAUCCAUUAUUUUAGCUUGGUAUAGUGUUUCGUGCGUUUGUCGACCCGUAAUUAUAAUUCGUUGGCGUUAUCUAAAUUGAAUUGUAUGUUUAAAGCUUUUUUUAGUUAUCAAUUUUAACAUAUAUUAUUCGAUUGCUUUGUCCAUAUAAUUUUGGUAUUAAAUUUAUUAUCAGAUAGGUAGAUCGGUUAUUAAGGUACUUACAGGAGUAGGUAAACAUUUAUUUGAAUAAAUUAUAUAAUAUUAAUUAAUGAUAAGCGAAAUUAAUAUUGACAUUCAUUCAUUGUAUUGUUAAGUAUGGAAUGUUUAGUGCUUACGAUCAUCGAUGACUUCUUGGUCAUUCGACUAUAAUUAGUCAUCAAGGGAGCGUUUCAUGACUUUUAAAUUGAUUCAUCGGGUAGGAUACGUAUCUUAUUUAUGAGAAUAUAUACUCAAUUCAUAUUAUGAUAACGGUAGGCAUUUCAAAUCGGACACAUUAUAGUUGUGAAGUAUAUUUAAAUAAGACUAGUAUAAUUGAUACCAAAAAUUGGCGAAUGUUUAUUAGAUAAAAUUGGAAAGUAAAGGUUUAAAACAUGCGAUAGCGGAUACCGGCCACGCGAGGUGCGCUCGUAGCCGGCGUUUGCUGAGAAAUGUUUUGAGAUUCUUGUACUCUAUUGGUUUAUACAAAAAUAAAAUUAAAAAAAAGAAAUUUACAAUUUACAAAUUUUUGAUAAAACGAAAACACCUGGAAGACUGUUUUUCAUAUUAUUAUGUAUUCAUAGUCCGUAAUGUUUUGAUAAUGUAUUCAUUGUUAAGGUUAAGAUGUAUUCAACUUUUUAUAUAUAAUUAUAAUCGUCCAUAAUAUUUUGGUCCGCGUCCGAGCAUUAUACUCGCCGUCGUCGCACCUCUAGCGAACCAUCUGCUACCCCAUUCCCUAUCAAUCAAUCCUUCAUCAUCAUCAUCAUUUUCAUCAUCAUCGUCGUUAUUAUCGUCACCAUUUAGAUCAUCAUCAUCUUCAUGAUCAACAUUUAAAUCGUCAUUAUUAUCAACAUUGUCUAGAAUCAUCAUUGCCAUAAUCGUUGUCGUCAUUAUUAUCAUCUUUGCCGUCAUUAUCAUUACCAUAAUCGUCGUUAUCUUCAUCAUCAUUACCAUAAUUGUCAUUAUCAUCAUCAUCUUCAUCAUUAUCAUCGUCAUCGUCAUUAUCACUGUCGUAGUCGUCACCGUCAUCAACCAUCAUCUUCAAUUCAACCAUUGACAUUAUGUUUUUCAUAAUCAACAUCCAUCAUCGUCAUGAAAAGCGUUUAAUUUCGGUAAUUCUCUCUUAAGACUGUUUCCGACUUUAAACAUUAUAAAUGUAUUGAUAAUAUGACGCCACAUCGAUGGAUACCAUCCAAAUCGACAUUGAAUAAACCGUCACUGAGACAGGCUUUAUAAAUUAAGUUAGCUGGUAAUUUUAAAGUAUUCCCCAUUCUCGAUUCACUUUUACCUUUAUUAUUUCGAGCAGUCGUCAGACCUGUAUAGCAGUUUCGAGGUGUUGAAACGUUUUCACCAACGUCCAACGUUGAUAUUAUCCGUGGACGUGGGCUUGAAAUAACUGUCUUGAUUAUUAAGGGUCUGCAGUUUGGCGGCGGAGCGUUGCGAACUUUGGUCUCGCACGACUUUUUACGUUGUUAUAUCCUGAAUAGGCGAAAUUUAUACGAGACCGCGAUCUAGGUUCCGGUCUGUAAGCUUACCAUUAGUAGAUGACAGGUCGUUCGCUAGAUGGAGGACCUCCCCGUCUAUAUAGAUCGAGUAACUAUCCAUCUUCAAAUCUCUUAUUAAUGUUAUACUUAGCAUAGUAGAAUGUACAUUUGAUAAUAUCUAAAAUGAUGUUCACAAUGAGUAGAUAUCAUAUUAAGUGGGUUCGUCUUCCCCGGUCCCGCGAGACUCGGUGCGGCUCACUAAAUGAUAUUAGAUUUAGGUCCUAGCGUAACAUAGAUAGCUCGUGAACGUCCACCUGUCGCGUUAGCUGUAAGCCCCGAGGGCGAAGCGAAAGAUGACUCGUCCCGUUUUAUAAUAAUAGUGGUAUUAGUUCGGGUUUUUGAGUUGACGUAUGAAUUUAAUUUGUCAUUAUUGGGGUAAGGUAGACGUCCGCGUCCCUCCCACAACUGCUGACCAUCACUGCCAUUAGCCUCGGAUGUAAGAGUUAAGAUUAGGAAAGUUAGAUUAGGACGUUGAUGGUCACCCCACGCGACAAUCAAACGAUUCGCGCGGUUCUACCUAAAUCGUACUCUAGCGAUAGGUACAUAUAUAGAUGUAAUAUUGAGGCUAAUAUCGAUACCGAUAGCAGAGCCUGUUUCAGUGCUUCAUCCAGCUCGGGCGAACACGAACGAGCUAACCCUCCACUUCUCAUGUCUUUCACCGCACGCACGCAUCACGCAUCUGUAGCGCGUCACACGCUAUGCUGAUACUAUUAUAUGCUGCGAUAACUUCAUGGAUCACACUCAUGUGGAUAGACAAUUAAUUUUAUUUAUAUAUAUUAUAUAGAAUCUCUUCAUUCUCCUGAAUGCCUUCUCAUGCGCCACAAUAAAAAAAUCCAUUCGAUCGUAAGGCGAGCGGUAUUUCGUAUAAAAAUCAAAUGGCCAUAGUAUUUUCAUGGCGUGUGACGCGCUUGAAGUUAGUAAGUGAGCGCGACGGGUGUUCUGUUUCACUCGGAUAUCUUAGUUAUAGCUGUGUACGUAGUAGUGGUAGGCUUAAGCGAUAACGACGCACUGUAGCCGUCGGUCGCGAUGAUGGGACAAUAAAGAAGCGACAAGUCGAUUGUGUUGUGACACGCGGUGAUUGAACGAACGGCGAACUCUCUUUAUUGUCCCACUUCGUAGAAUAAAUUUACAUUUAAUCAAAUUCGACUUUUAUGAAAUGACUCAAUUUGUGUUGUAAGUUUUAGUGCUAUAAUACAAAUUAAUCAUAAAUAAUUAUAGGUACUACUGUAUGUUUUAUAUAUAAAAUAGAUUUGUAGAGAUACAAUUUUAUUAAAAUGAGUUUUAUUAUGUAUUAGUUACGCUUCAUUUUAUAUUGAUGUGGAUCAUUCACUUUUGUGGUUUAUUCAAUUAUCGUGUCAAUAUCUAGUUAUAUAAGUAAUAUUCGUUAGAUAGUAAUGGUUCGCCAUAAUUGUACCCUUUAAUAUAAUUAUACAACUUAACUGAGCUUUCAGUGGAAACGAUUCCCUUCAAGAAUUUCUGUAUAACAUUCUAUCGACAUUAAAGUAUAUAUCUAAUA